GUGCUGAUUUUUCUCUUGGUGCAAAAUUCACUCCACGUACGCUAAGCAAUAUAGCAUGUUAUAUUUUCGCAAAGGAGCCAAGAGAAAAAUUUUGCAAUGAUUCAUAUUCAAUUUUCCAUUCAUUAGCCGAAAUUCUCGCUAAUAAUGAAUCUCAAGACCUUUUUGAAGAGGAAAAAAAUAAUUAUAAGCAAGCAUGUCAUUUGGGAUAUGAAUAUUCUCAAAUAAUUAUCAAGUGUAUUAAUAGAUUGGAUAAAAUUAAUCCUAAAACUGAUGAAAUUGAAAAUGAAUUAGCAAAUUUUUUAAACAUCUUUAAAGUCUGGGAACUUUCAAGAAUUCUUUAUUUUCAAGAAUUUGAUGAAGUAGGAUAUUUGGCUAGUGAUUUGAUGGAUUGGUUAAACAUAUAUGAUCCAUUUCGUGUCUCGCCCGAUCAAGAAUUCAUUAAUUUCGAAGAAUAUAAUCCUGAACAUCAUGAAGAUCCAUACUUUUGGAAAUGUGUAUUCAGGAAUCUUGUUAACAUCAUAAACUUUGAAAAUAAAACUGUACAAGAUAAUGUAACAAAACUUAUAAAGAUUUUAUGUGGUGAAACUGAAGCUAUUUUACAGUGUUGUAAAUUUUGGCAAGAAGCUUUUGUGUGUUGUAUGUAUCACUUUGGUCAAGAUUAUGAUAUAACAAAUAUACCUUCUAUAGUUAUAAAAUGUUUAAAGAAAUAUCCAAUAGAUCCGAAUAGCUUGAUAGAUAAUGCCUUGUUUAAAUUAUUGUUAGGAGAGAUAAUUCCAGGAUUAGGAUAUUGUGAAUUAAUAGAUUCCUGGUUGGCUGCACAUUUGGCUGAUAUUCUAAGCAAAUUUAAUAUAAUACCUAAAAAUAAAAUUUCAGCCUUUUCAACUGAGCUCCGAGAAUAUUAUCUGUUAAAUUAUGCAGAACUAUUAAUACACAAUCAAGUAUUAUGGCAAUUAGGAUUUGAAUAUUUAGAUCAUUGUGAAAUGCUUGGAGAAUCAUAUUUAUCAGAGCUUAUUGUUAAAGUUCCUAUUGAUUCAGAAAGAAAAGCAGCCAAAUUGUUAAAUAUUUGUAAAGCCAAAAAUUUAAAAGCUGAAGCCAGAAUUAUUUUAAAGGUUAUGGGCAAGAAAUGUUUAAAAAAUCAGCGAUAUUCGUCAUCAAUCUUAUACCUUAUGCAAGCAGGUGAAACAGAAAAGGAAUAUGAACACGCAGGCAAAGAAUUAAUACAAUUAAUGAAAUCACAAGUAGCACCUAAAGCUUAUUGGCCAGCAUUGUUAGUCAAUGCGAUUCCUUUAUUAAAAUUAGAUAUACAUGAAAUUUGGCGUAUUUUACAAGAAAUUAUAGGGCCAUUACAACCUAUAGAAUGUUUAUUAACAAUUCAAAAAAUAAUGAAAUGGCAUAAUCAAACAAAUGAAUAUGAAACAUUGGAUGAGGAAUUAUCAAUUAUUCCUUAUUUAUGUACAAAAAAUAUUUCUAGAUUGUAA